UGCAGGUUGAGGGGUAAAACAAAAAGAAUAAAAGAAAAUAAUACAGAGCCAUUAAAAAUUUAUCUGCAUAUUUCCAAUUGAUUAAACAACUUGGUGUUGUCUCUCGCUCCCUUUUACACUGUCGGCUUGGUCUCUCUUAGCACUAACUUAGUACCCUCUAAAUACAGAGCUAUUUCAAACCGCAAGUUGAAUAACAGCAAGUCCCAUAAUAAUAUUAGUGCAGCUAGCCUCCCAAGUCUACAGCCAGCCAUGUACAAAGUACACGACUCUACAAGCACCGUCGACGUUUAUUAGAUCUAAUAACAGUGCAAUAGCAUCUUCUUCGCAAGACGCUUUCCACCAUUGGUACACGUGUUAGGGCAGAAUACACAGCCUGUCGGCACAUACAACAUUCCGCCUAUCCACCACAACAUGCUCAUAUUAACAACCAUUUAACAGGGGUUCUUUGCUUUCAGCCGCCAACCAAAACGAUAUCCACAAGGCGUUGGAUUUGCAAGCUCGCUUAUACCACACGCCCCUGGUCUGAACAAGGCUUACGACUAGAUGCCUUUAAGCCGCGCCAUUCGUCCGUGCUGCCGGGACUCCCCUACGUAAUGUGUCAACGGCCAAGCUGGAAAGUAGAUAAAGUUUAAAUCCCCCCCGUUCUCCAGCUGCCGCACCUGUGAUCAAGCUAGUCAAUCAAUCUCUCCAGCCAGGCCAUCUUUUAAAACUCUUCGACAUCUUUCAUCUUUAAAAUAUUUGAUUCCUACCCGCUAACUAGCUGCGGCGACUAAACAUGGCUCCGUUAACACCGCACUGGGAGCAGCCCUCGCACCCCGAUCGCCUAGAGCUCAUUGUCAACGAAGCGGAAUACAGCUCCAAGAGCAUUUCGAAAAUCUCUCUCCCUCCUUUCGCCGUCUUUUCCAAGCUCUCAUUUCCGCCAUGCACGCCUGCCAAUAGCCCUACAUACGCGACAGUGCAGACGGGCAAAAACACGCAUCUAGACUUGAACAGCGAUCUGCUCUACUUGAACCACUCCUGUGAACCAUCUCUGAUCUUUGAUAUCGGCAACAUGAAUGUUCUCGUCGGUCCCAAAGGCAUCAACCCCGGCGACGAGCUUACAUUCUUUUAUCCAUCCACAGAAUGGGAUAUGGCUCAGCCAUUUGACUGCAUAUGCUCUACCCCAACAUGUCGAGGCACAAUCAGCGGCGCACGAGACAUGACUAGCGAACAACUCGACGGGCUGUGGCUCAACAACCACAUUCGCGAGCUUCUGGACGAACAGGCCCAGAAAUCAGCCAACAAGAGCGAAUCUGAAGCUAUUGGAUCUACUGUGCACAAAAUUGCUGCUGCAUAGCUGGCGGCUGAUGUUAGAAACGCCAACACCAUACUAGGCAAGAAAAAAAUAGAAUUCAUAGAUGUCAAUAUGUUACAGGUUGAAGUCGUAUACACAAAAAUGAGGUCUUUCCCCGGUUCUCCCUCGUACAGCAUUACAUUACAGCACGUUUUGUGUCUUCUUUUUGGUCAUUCCACUUGCUCCAGCGGCUGCGCCCCUUCUCGGAUCCCGCGCCCUGGGCAUACUUGGCUUCCUCCUUUUCAAAAUUGUUGCGCUCCAGCUGUCUUCGUGCUUGCAUGGCUCUCGUGAAUCUCCAAGCCUCGGUAUCAGCCAUGCUCCACUCCUCGAGCUCCGCCCGUAACUUGGUCUUGUCAGUAGACUUAUCCAAGGCAAUCACCUGGUGGGCGUGGCUGAUGAGCACAAGUUCCUUUGCGCUUUCCUCCUUUGAGCUUUUGACCGCUUCAUCAUCGUCCGUGUCUUUGGACUCUGGCUUAGGGAUGCUAAACCCAAAGUGCCAUUCCAAAUCAUCAGGAAACUGGCGUUCUGAUGAUAGCCAUAACGAAGAAGCCAAGGCUCCUUCUCCAGCCACAAUCUGCUUGUAGCUGAGAACACGCUUAUCGACAUUAGCCUUAGCAAGAACGUCUUUAGUAAUGGUCUCAACCCAGUCGUUUGGAGGGAUUUCAGCCUUGAUAAAUGCAGUAUCCAGAUCCUCUCGCAUAUUCUUGAGGACGGCAUAGGUCCAUGGGUGUGGCACAAUACCAAUGGUGUAGACAUUGGUUUUAUUGUGAAAGCUCUCGGUGGCCUUGACUUUCAUCGAGGUGGAUGCGGAGCAGGGCGUGCAUUUGGCGUUGUUUGGAGGGCAACUAUCCGGCAGGGGGCUUUCUUGACAGGUUCGCAAUGACUCUGCUAACUUGUCACCUUUGCCAAGUAGUUCGCCCAUGUGCUGUGCAUGAGUAUGCAUAACCUCGAUGCCGCCGGAAAAUCGCUGUUGCCAUGUGCUCUGAAGAUGAGCAUUUACAAGCCCGUUAAGCGCACCAAUGUCAACUUCACCGUUCUUCACCAACUUCUCAUAUUUUUUGUGAAUAGUGCUGUUGCUGUAGUAUGCAAAGGGGGAGCCAUCCUCAUCGAGUUUAAACAAGUUUGGGUCGAGGGCUUCAUAUACCGUGUGGACAGGUUCCCCGGUUUUAAAGUGAGUAAGCGAGGCCGUCUUGCUAUUAUGCAGGAGGCCACGGAGUGCCUUUGUCAGGGUCUGCUUGUCGCCGGUAUAGAUGCCGUCGUCAAGGUAUGACCAACGCUGCAGUCCAAUCAGCUCUCCGCGGCGGAGGUAGGAGAGAACGUUGUCAUCAUGGGCCAUGGGGAACAGGGUGUGCUGAACUAGGAUUCCACCACCUAGAGCAUCCCAAGCAAGCCAUCGCAUGACGUUAUCGUUGAGGCUGCUGUCCUGGGUCGUCUUCUUCUGCAUUUCUGCGUAGAGAGGGUUGUUCAUUGCAUCUGCAUAGCCGAGAAUCUGUGGCCUGAAACCUUGUGCCCACCAAGCACGGCGCCAGGUCAGAAGCAAGUCGCUUUCAGCAUCCUUGACUUCCUUGGGCUUGUCCUUGGUCGAGUCGUAGUAGCAGUAGACGGGUUGGCGCUUAGGCAGAGGAGGCAAGACGAUUCUGUCGUCCAGACUAGCCUUUUUGGAAAACGGAACAGACAGCCACUGCAAAUUGGGCAUCCAGGAUGAGCCCUUGAAGUUGUCAUUGUCCUUGCGUGGAGGGGCGUGGCUCGGGUUGAGCAGCGGGUUCAGAAUGUUCUUGUGGAUAGCUUGGCUGGCCUUAUCGGUAGUUUCCGCUACAGUUUGUCUGCCUUUAUCGACCGUUUCGUAGAGCGAUUGCUUUCCCUUGUCGAGUGUCUUAUAAAUAGACUCCUUGUUCUUCUGCAUGGACUCUCCAAUUUUAUCCAUGUCGGUGAUGCUCUGGGGUACAGCGAUGUCGGAGCCGAGGAUGAGCGACAUGGAGAGAAACAUGCUGGCUAUAAUAGCCAGAAGCAAGACGAGCCGUCUAAACGAAAAGCGCAGCAUCGUGGAUGCUGUUGGUCGGGUUGUCGAGCCCCUGAGUGGCGAUGUCGAUGUGGUAAAGUAGUUAAGGAAGGGCAGUCAGCAAAGGCUGAACGAAAUGAAUGGAUGGCAGAAAUAAAUAUGCCGAGAGUUGAUUUUAUAUCAUGAGGAUUACCAGCAUCCAAUGAGGUCG